CAGCUUGACUCCUGCUUGCUCAGCUCUUCCUGCUUCCUCACAUCAUGGAGCUCAGGCGGCUGCAGCGCUUGUCACGAGCCGGAGCUGUCGGCAGGUAGCCGGGCAAGGAGCCGCACAGAGAGCCGAGAGCCGGGCAACGAGCCGGGCAGGGAGCAGGGAGCAGGGAGCCGGGUGGGACAACGAGCCGGGCAACGAGCCGGGCAAGGGGCAAGGAGCCGGGCAGGGCGCAGGGCGCAGGGAGCCGGGCAACGAGCUGGGCAGGGAGCCAGGCAGGUAGCAGGUAGCAUGCGGUCCGACGUAGAGUACAGCCCGGUCGGAGAGGGGCUGGGGAUGCGGGACUUCUGGUUGUACGUGUGGCUGCGGAGAGCGGCAGUGAUAGCGGCUCAUGUCACCGGACUGGGACUGACCCUGGUCAUCUCCCUGCUGUCCAGACCCGGAACCAGUCUGUUUUCUUGGCAUCCAGUGUGCAUGUCUGUCGCUUACUGUCUGUGCAUGACAGAAGGCAUCCUCCUCUUCUCAACAGAGGGAUCUCCUUUCUGCUUCAAGUCUCGGAAGGGUAAAGUCCGCCUCCACUGGUUCUGUCAGGCUCUGGUCCUGAUAGCUGCAGCCACAGGCCUGGGCUUCAUGGUGGCCAGCAAGAACGUGUCAGAGCGCCCCCACCUGGUCUCCUGGCACAGCCUGCUGGGCAUCUGCACCCUGGCUGCCACUGUGCUCCAAGCAGCUUGUGGCAUCUGCAUGAUCUUCCCUAAACUGCUGCGCCUCUCCUCCUCCCCACCCCGGCUGAGGCUGUACCACGGCACAUGUGGCCUUGUGGUCUACCUGCUGUCCAUGGUGACCGUGAUGUCAGCCAUGUUCUCAGACUGGUUCCAGGCCACGGUGAAGGGGGUGGCAUGGUGGGCCUUCCUCUUGCUGCCCCUUUUCCCUGCCCUGGUUGUGAUGAACCAGAUAACUAAUGCCUACCUUCCCCGCAAGAAGAUGACCAGCUAGGUGUCGCUUAGCAUGGGACCGAUUGGAAUGGUUCACUUGGUGGCCAGAUUGGAUCUUUACUGUACUCAGGGCCAGGCCAUCCCAUGAAAGCGUCCUCCACUGCAGCAGCCUUUGAAAAUAUAAGAACUAAAGCAGACUUCCUGCUCGUCUGAUAGACCGCUGAAGAACAUGAAAACGUGGGACUAAACAUCUGCUUCCUGAAGGCAAGUUCUCAAACCUGGAAUUUAGCUUUACUUAACAGUUUGCCUGCACAGUUCUGUACCCUAAAAUUCUGUUUGUGCAAACAGUUAAUUUCAGCCCUCAUAUGAAUGUGUGAAGUCAGAGUAGAAGUAAGAACUGAAGUUAGAGUUGGUUGCUGUGUCUCGUGGUGUUUUAGUGUAUGAGUUAAGCAUCUUGGACAGAGGGCUUUAAUUUGACAUUACGAGGUUGUGUGCACAAAUUUUCCAAAAUAUUACUUGUGAUCCGUCCUGAGGUCCACAGACAGGCAGCAUCUAGUGGACUGGAGAACUGUUACUUUGGUAUCCGCCAUUUUCAAGCUCCAACUUCUUCUUCUGUUAAAUUCAUACCACAGUUUUAAGAGAAUCUAAUGAUGCUAUGUGGGAUGUGUGAACUGCCUUGCCUACAGCACAACACAUGAAACAGAGGACGCUGUAUGGUUUGGUUGCAAACUACUGGAAGCAGUCCCAUAGUUGAAGCUGGUGGACGCCUCUGAGCUGCCUCCAUCCGUCGCCUCUUCAGAGGAACUUUUGCACUACACAUGCAGCUAAUGCAGACUUCUCUAAUGGAUGCUGUAUGUAGACUGGUUUCUGAAGGGACUACAGAUUUGUACGUUUGCUGGUAUAAGGACACAGCUUCAGCCUUCAAUAGAAGGUGCUAUGGAUGAUUAUGUACCAGCCUGUAAAUUGUAUUUAUUAUGAUAUUUACGUGUUGUGUUUGUCAUAUUACAGGUGCUACAUGAAGCAUUUUAACAGGAGAGUUCCAUCAAUCAGCAGUGAAUCACAUUCAGUCAAAUGAUUCAAAGCAACAAUCCAAUAGGCAAUUAAUGUCCAUCUCUACUCUCUGCUUCACUAAGACUCUUUAGCUCUUUGUUUGGGUUUUAUGGUACAUUUAGUGUCUCAUGGCUCUCAUCAGCCCAAACAAUAAAGCUGCAAGCAAGAGAAAUUUUUGUCAUCAAGACACCUUAAGAGAAUUGUUUUUAAAUUAAAGUUGCUCUGUAUUAGCUAAAGCUAAUAUUAUUAAAGUUGCUCCAUUUUAGUUGAAGUUGACCUACAAUACUGUUCAAAAGUUUGGGUUCAUCCAGACAACUUCAUGUUUUCUAUGAAAACUCCCAUUUUUAUCCAUGUGCUAACAUAACUGAACAAGGGUUUUCUAAUCAUCAAUGAGCCUUUCAACACCAUUAGCUAACACAAUGUAGCAUUAGAACUAGGGCUGGCCUGAAUAGCAGUUUCUAGGCUCUGGAUAUUCGGCCCCGAUUAAUGACGAAUAUCUGAAUAUUUGUUUUGCUUCAUCACGUCCCACUGGGGGCAGAUCUGAGUAUUCAGAUCUCAAAAUUAUUAUUCGGAUACCACCAUCAUGACCGAAUAUUCGGAUAUUUCAGUCCAGCAUUAAUUAGAACACAGGAGUGAUGGUUGCUGGAAAUGUUCCUCUGUACCCCUAUGGAGAUAUUCCAUUAAAAAUCAGCUGUUUACAGCGACAAUAGUCAUUUACCACAUUAACAAUGUCUACACUGGAUUUAUCAUUCAUUUAAUGUUAUCUUCAUUGGAAAAACUGCUUUUCUUUCAAAAAUAAGGACAUUUCUAAGUGACCCCAAACUUUUGAACAGUGCUGUAAAAUAGAGUGUCCCCUCUGUUUAGAGUUGUAGGACAUUACUACAAACAUCGCAGCUGUUCUUACAGGACAGAAAGCAGAAACAUUUUGGAGGCGAGAGGUCUUUGGAAAUGAUUACCAUUAUUAAUUAUGAAUUAGUAUUAACAGCUCUAGUGAAAAACUUCAUGCAGCACCUCUGGUUUACGAGCAGAACCCUCGUUUUAUCCCUUCUUGUGCUUUAUGUUCUUGUUUGCCGACCAUUUUUUGUGUUGUGUUCUGUGUGUUUGUUCCGAAUAGGAAAAGUGAAACUGCACUCCUGCUUGUGUUGUGUUGUCAGGCGAGGCCACAGGCACAGGCUGUCUUCUUUUAAUGAUGUCAUCCACAUAAUUUAUAUAAAGUAAAUAUAAUAAAUAUAACUAAGUAUCCCUGUAAAACAGCCACAGUAGAAAACUUGAAGUUAUACUGAUGAGUUGCACUACAUCUAAUUCAGCGCUACAACCGUGAGUGAAGUCAGCCUUAACAAACCAGCAUCUAAAGUCAUCUUCCUGACAGAGCUUACUGUACACUGGGAGCCAUCCCCAGCAGGUAAUACAAGUUCAGAUGUCACCAAAAAUGCUGUUAGAGAAGACCUACUGGAUGAGUUUAUCCUGUGGCGCCUCGUCUCCUUUGCUAAUGACGGGUUGACGCUGUGCUGUCUGCUCUCAGUGCAGGAGAACUCAACAUGUGUGCGUUCACAAAAGGCAUUCGUCAAUGUAAAAUGCACACAAUUUUUCUUUAAGCCUGGGUUAGAUGUUUUGUUUGUUCUUCAUUAAAAUCUAAAUUUCUACUAAUUAAAAAACAUUUUCUUUUGGGCUGUUCUUCCUUUUGGAUUGUGACUGCAGGUUUGGAGCUGGUUCCACUCCAGCUUAUAAAAAAAUACAGGUACGGAUGCACAAUAUUGGAUUUUUGUCGAUAUUUUCCAACUCAUUUUGGCUGAUGGCUAAUACUAAUAAAUACAUUUAUUUUUUCAACUAUUUGCAGAGAACAUCAGGUCUUUCCUGUCGUGGAAAUAUAUCAUACCUACAUAUAUAAUUUAAUGCAGACAUAUUAUGGGGAUUGCAGACAUGAGAUACAGUCCAUUUCAAAUGUAUGUUCAUUUGGCAAAAUAAAACUAUUUCAACCCA